AGAGGUUUUAUCUUUUUUUUUGGCAGUUAGUCAUUCUUUUUUCAGAUUCUUUAAUGAUGUAUUUUUAAUUUAUUUUUUAUUGAAUGAUGUAUUCUAACUAGUCAUUCCCUGUUCCAUUUUUUCUCCAAUUACUAUUAAGUUUAGUAUACUAUUUAUAGUAGUAAAGAUUUUUACUGUCAUAUUUCUUUCAGUACCUUUUUUGGUAAAAUGAUAUAUUUAUGUCAGUUUGCGCAAGAUUUGAUUGUUUGAUUGAUUUCUUGUUACCUUUAUAAACACAAAGACUAAGUAUGAAGAAUUAGAUUAGAGUAUGAAAAGUGAAAUAAAAAAUGGAGAAGUGAAAGAAAGAAAGGAAAUGUAAAGGCAAAGAAUCUAAUGACGAAGAGAUGAGAUGACAGCUUACUGAAAUUUGGCAUUUGCAUGGAUUCCAACAAAGAUUUGGAUUGAAGUAGAGAAAGGACAAAGGUUUUCUCCAUCUUCUGCACGAUACCUUCAACGCUCGUGAUGGCUCUACCGGCUUCAACGCCUCUGCUGAUGGAUCCCAGUAUUCCGAUGUUGAAACCAAUUCGUGCAGGUACAAGUACAACGAAUCCGGAUGAACAAGAUCAAACUCAUCAACGACUAACCGGUUCCGAGGUUAUGGAGGAGGUGAAGUUGCUAUAUUCAAUAGCUUUUCCCAUCAUUGCUGCUGGAUUGCUUGUGUAUGGAAAAUCAAUGAUAUCAAUGUUGUUUAUGGGAAGAUUAGGUAAAGAAGCACUUGCUGGUGGAUCAUUAUCUAUUGGCAUAGCUAAUAUCACUGGCUACUCUGUUCUGUCUGGCCUAGCUAUGGGUAUGGAGGCUAUAUCUUCUCAAGCUUGUGGUGCUAAACAAUGGUCUCUUAUGGGUCAAACGCUACAACGCACAAUCUUGAUUCUGUUAUUUUCAUCCAUCCCCAUUUCUCUCUUGUGGAUAAAGAUUGAACCUUUACUCCUUUUCUGUGGCCAAGAUCCAACCAUUUCAUCAAUUGCUUCUACUUAUCUGUCCUUUUGUCUCCCUGAUCUUUUCUUUCAAUCCAUUAUCAAUCCUCUCAAAAUCUACUUGAGAACUCAGAAUGUCACUUUCCCUGUUACUUUUAGUGCUGCUUUUUCACUUGCCCUGCAUGCACCUAUCAACUAUUUCCUUAUCUAUCACCUUGGCCUUGGUAUUAAAGGUGUUGCUAUGGCUGUGGUGAUAGCUGAUUUCAAUCUCCUUGGUGUUCUUUUUCUUUAUGUUAGUUUUUCUGGUGUUCAUAGAAAAUCUUGGCAAGGUUGGUCAGCUAAAUGCUUUGAAGGGUGGAAACCAAUUUUGAUUCUUGCUAUCCCUAGCUGUAUUUCUGUAUGCUUGGAGUGGUGGUGGUAUGAGUUGAUGAUUUUGUUAUCAGGGGUUCUUUUUAAUGCUGCAGAGGCUGUGUCUACUAUGGGAAUUCUCUUGCAGGCAACUUCACUUGCUUAUAUAUUUCCAUCAGCAUUAAGUUUAGCUGUUUCAACAAGAGUUGGAAAUGAGUUGGGAGCUAAUAGGCCUAAUAAAGCCAAGACUUCAUGUCAUGUAGCAAUUAUGUGUGCUACAGUUACAAGCUUAUUACUAAUGAUAUGUAUGACAACAUUUAGAAAUGCUUGGGGCAAUGCUUUUACAGACGACGAGUCGAUUUGUUGGCUGACAGCAGCAGCAAUGCCGGUGGUGGGGUUGUGUGAAUUGGGCAACUGCCCACAGACCACCGGUUGUGGUGCUUUGAGGGGCAGUGCAAGGCCAGCUUUGGCUGUUCAUAUAAACUUUGGAUCUUUCUAUGGUGUUGGGUUGCCUCUAGCUAUUGUAUUGGGCUUUGUUAUGAAGAUGGGGGUGUUGGGCCUUUGCUUUGGCCUCUUGGCUGCUCAAGGUGUUUGUGCAUGUCUCAUGGUUUUUGUGUUGAGUAGAACUGAUUGGAUGAUACAAGCCCAGAGAGCCAAAGAGUUGAUUGGUGUUGAUGUGGAGAAUCAAACUAUAUCAAUUAAAUCAUUACUGUGCUAGAAAGUUAAUUAGUCUAUCUUUUUCCUUCUUGGUAAUGCUGAUAAGUAUAAAAACAGUACAGUACUGCUAUGUAUCUUUCCUUUGUUCUAGUUCUUAAGUUUGUUUGUUCUCUGUAUCUCUUUUCUGUUUUUGUGGUCCUAGAAGCAAAUAAUUAAUGUGAAUAUAUUAUAUAUAUAUGUGUGUGUUGCUCGUG